UAAAAAGAAAAUAAUUAUAUAAUUUUUAUAAAUUAGUUUUCUUUUUAUAUAUUUCCCUUUUCUUUACGCUCUCAACAAAGAAAGCUUUGCGUUUUCUGUUUAGGGGGGGUCUUCUAGUUGAUGAAUUAGAAGAACCCCAAACUCUAAAUAUUAGAGGGAAAAGGUGAAAAUCGCUCAAUUGGAUUUGAUGAGUCCCUUUGGGGAUUAUGAAAAAAUUCAUCAUUUUUUGUACGUCUUCUUAAUGUUUUGACUUUGAAUUUGCCUACCGUUGAAGAACGCUUGUGCUCUUAGUUUAUUCGACUUCCAUCCAUUGUCAUUGCUGAAUCACGUCUUGAACAAAAUUUCUUUAAAAAGACUUUCUUUUUGAGGGUUUUGGGUGUGAUAGAUUCUUCUUUGCAGCCAACGAAAUAAAGGGUGUCGCUGUUUUUCUUGUUGUUUUGCAUCCUUGAAUAGAUUAUUCAAUUUUUAUUCACCAAAAAAGAAAGAAAAAAAAAAAGCAAAAGGGUGUGAGAGAAUAUAUAGCUUUAUAGAACUAAAAUUUGUUUGAAACUUUUUGCGUUAAUUUUGGGAUCUUUCCUGAUCUAGCUCUCUUUUGCAAUCUUCUUCCACCGUUUGCUGCAGGUUAUUGAUUUGUUUGCGGCAGAAACCUUAUUGAUUAUGAGCAGAUAACACCCUGCAUUAUGGAUUGGAUUAAAAAAAUUUUUAAGGGCUCUGGCCAAAAAAACUCAGAAGGAUAUUAUCAUGGGGAUUAUGCAGAGGAUCCUCAAUUUUAUGCACCAUCUGGCACAGGGAACAUGUGGCAGGAGCAUGAGAAUGAAGAGAUAGAUCGAGCUAUUGCCCUAUCCCUUCUAGAGGAAAGUCAGAAGGAGAGAAACAUAAUAAAUGAUGAAUCUCAGCUUGAGGAAGAUGAGCAACUUGCGAGGGCUAUACAAGAAAGCUUGAGGUUUGAACCUCCUCCCCAAUAUGAAAAUGCAAAUACAUUCCUGCCAAUUCCAAUCCAUUUUCCGGUGGGAGACAGGAUUUGUGCUGGCUGCAAUACUGAGAUUGGUCAUGGAAGAUUUUUAAAUUGCCUCAAUGCAUUUUGGCAUCCAGAAUGUUUCCAUUGCCAUGCUUGCAACUUUCCAAUUUCUGAUUAUGAGUUCUCUGUGUCUGGGAAUUAUCGUUUCCAUAAAUCUUGUUAUAAGGAGCGUUACCAUCCAAAAUGUGAUGUCUGCAGCCACUUUAUUCCAACAAACCCUGCUGGUCUUAUUGAAUAUAGGGCACAUCCUUUUUGGAUCCAGAAGUACUGCCCUUCUCAUGAACAUGAUGGUACUCCACGAUGCUGCAGCUGCGAGCGAAUGGAGCCACAAGACACGGGAUAUGUUGCCCUUGACGAUGGACGGAAGCUCUGCCUAGAGUGUCUAGAUUCUGCAGUUAUGGAUACCAAGGAAUGCCAACCCCUUUAUCUUGAUAUACAAGAGUUUUAUGAAGGGUUAAACAUGAAAGUGGAGCAGCAAGUUCCAUUACUCCUGGUUGAAAGGCAGGCGUUAAAUGAAGCCAGAGUAGGAGAAAAGAAUGGCCAUUAUCAUAUGCCAGAGACUAGAGGACUCUGCCUUUCUGAAGAACAAACUGUCAGCACUAUUCUAAGGCGACCAAGUUUUGGGACUGGAAAUCGAGCCAUGGACAUGAUAACAGAGCCAUACAAAUUGACACGUAGAUGUGAAGUGACUGCUAUUCUCAUUUUAUAUGGCCUGCCUAGGUUACUGACGGGGUCGAUCUUAGCGCACGAGAUGAUGCAUGCAUGGAUGCGACUUCAAGGUUUCCAGACUCUGAGUCAGGACGUGGAGGAAGGUAUUUGUCAGGUAUUAGCGCACAUGUGGAUAGCUACGCAGCUCGAUUCUUCUUCGAGCAGCGAUGUUGCGCCGACAUCAUCCUCGGGUUCUAGUAGAAUAAGAAAAGGCAAAAAACCCGAAUUUGAGAGGAAGCUGGGUGAGUUCUUCAAGCAUCAAAUAGAAUCAGACACAUCGCCCGUAUAUGGAGAUGGGUUUAGAGCAGGGAAUCAGGCAGUUUAUAAAUAUGGACUUAGAAGAACUCUUGAACAUAUUCGGAUGACCGGCAGAUUUCCUUACUGAAAAUCCCUAUCCCUCACGGUUUUUUUUUUCUCUAUUCUUUUGAAAGCUGUUUCAUAUGAAUUUGAUAGGUGGCAGAAGAUGGAGAUGAAGUUUCAAUAGAAGAUGACAACAUGGAUGGGUUACACACACACACACACAUAUAUAUAUAGCAGAAAAGAGAAAAUUAUUGUUUCAGAAAAA